ACAUGUUCAUUGUGGGUCUUUUUUUUCCAGUGAACUGUAUAGUAGUUGCUGGUGCUUAAACAAGAUUCGGUUGAAAGCAAUAGAUUCUCACUUUCUGCACAACUGGAAAAGGUCUCUUCCGUCGGACGAUUUUCACUGCUGACGAGUACAGUAAGACAAGGUGAAUCAUGAAUGGCUUCAGUACAGAGGAGGACAGCCACGAUGGGCCGUUAACUACUUCUUUCUACGGCCAGAGCUGUUGCCUGAUUGAGGAUGGGGAGCGCUGCAGCCGCUCUGCCGGUAACGCGUCCUUCAGCAAACGGAUUCAGAAAAGCAUAUCGCAGAAGAAGCUGAAGCUAGACAUCGACAAGAGCGUCAGACAUCUGUACAUCUGUGAUUUCCAUAAAAAUUUCAUACAAAGUGUCCGAAACAAAAGGAAGAGGAAAACCAGCGAUGAUGGUGGGGAGUCUCCAGACCAUGAUGUUGAAGUUCCAGAGGUGGAUUUAUUUCAGCUACAAGUGAACACACUUAGACGCUACAAAAGACAUUACAAAUUACAGACCAGACCUGGCCUAAACAAAGCCCAGCUUGCAGAGACUGUUAGUCGUCACUUCAGGAAUAUUCCAGUAAACGAGAAGGAAACGCUGACCUAUUUUAUUUAUAUGGUGAAGAACAACAAAAGUCGACUUGAUCAGAAAUCGGAAAGCAGUAAGCAGCUUGAUUAAGCCUGGACUUUAAUAUUAAACUUUGUGGACGAACCGAAGGAAGUUUGUGGAGCAUGGUGUUUCGAUUUGCCACUUGUGCAACUCUCUUUGACUCCAAAAGCAUAGCUAUAAUAUCGUGACGCACAUGCCUAAAUGUUAAUAUAUAAUGUAUGUUUACCUGUAAAUGAUGUAAAACCAUUUGCUUUGAGAAUUUUUGCAGUAUAGAAUGGUUAAGCUGGCUGCCGGAUUGCAACAAAAAAGUUUACAUUAUACGUAUGUGUAAUAAAAUACGUUGUGUGCGUUUUGAAUUGUGCCAAACUAAACUGCAACAGAGAAGUUCCUAAAAAGAAGACUAGUGGGAUAAAAUGACACAUGCUAUCAGACCAAAUGGAUUUACAUUUGAACAUCCGGAUUUGGGGUAAACUUUCAUUAUGAAUUUGUGACAGAGGGCAGUUAAAGGAUGUUUAAAAUGACCAGACGGAGGUGUUUGAUUACCGUAUGGCGUUUUCUUUAAUACACACUAAAGCAACUCCCACAUGCAUUCAUAUUACUUGCAUCUUUUAAAAAGCUGAGAAACAUCUGCAAACACACCAAAAGUGUAUCCAUUGUUAGCAUCAAUUUGAUUGUGUUGUUUUUCUGCUACAUUCGCGUGCAUCUAAAUAUGCGGUUUCAGCAAAAUUUGGUGAAGAUGUAUUUUUUUUUUCUCUCUCUAAAGUAGAGUGCAGGACAUGUGGCUUUGUCAGCCAUCCCAUCAUUCCUGCAGUGCCUUUUGGCAGUUGACCGACUCCAGCUACUUUUCUUAAUGACAUAAAGUGAAUGUAAAGGAAUUCUUAUCCUUAGUUUACAAUUGGCAGUAUCCUAAGAGUGAUGCUUCUGAAGGCACAAAUAUCUUAAAUCAGUCCCUUAAACAAUAGCGUUAUUCACAAACAUCAUCGUUCAUGUAUUUGUACAAAUACCAGUUGCAAUUUGGUGGCUGUUGAGCAAUAAAAAUAAUUUAUUUCAGUUGGCCUGUACUGUAGAAAUUGAAAAAGAUCAAGGGGCGCUUACAGUUUCUUUAUUGGCAAUACAAAUAAAUGUGAAGAUGUCCUGUUAUAGAGGGUAUAUUUUGUGCUCUUUUUCACUGUCGGGGCCCUAGCUAUUGCACUUACAUUCUCUGUUUUUAUGUUGUAACAUCCCGUCACUGCACUUUUCGAUUUGUCUGACCCUGGUGAACGUGUACCGACCCGUCCUCACCGAGCUCAAAAGGCUUUUGAAGGAUAAAGCACCAUGUUAGUAAGUGGGUUUACUGUGUAUAUGUGUAUAGAAAGUGCACUUGCAAACACCAAAAUGUUUUUUCAAGCGCCAUUUUAAACUACAACUCGUAUUUCACUACUCCAGGAAUUUGUGAUACCGGGAAAACCUCAAAAAAGGCAACUUCCAAUUUAAAAUGACAUUUAACAAUGAAUUAUACUAGGCAUACAUUUGCACACGUUUUCAACAAAGCCUUUUAAACUGUCAAAUGCAGGAAAUGCUGGAGUACAAGUUGUGACCUCUGUACUUGUUUCCUUGAGCCUCCAUAGUGUUAAUAUGCCUCAUAGUUGGUAAAGUAAAAAGAAAUAAAAAAAAAUAUUUAUAUAUAUCUCUAUUUUUACAUGUUAGGAGUUGCAAACUCCCUUUUGAAUGUUUUAUACUGUGAUAUUUUUCGGUAUUAUUACAUGAAUGAGGUUUCUUAAAGAAACCAGUUGACAUCAUGUCUGCUGUCAGAUUUGAAUAAAACUCUUUUUAAUGCAUUGGUUGAAAAAUUGGAAAGGCUGAAAAGGACCUUGAAUACAACAUAAUUAGGAGUGCUCUACAAUGACAGAUCUGCCCUUUAAAUAUAAAUAAUAUGUAGACAGGAAAGGCUCUAAACUAGUGCUGUCAACAAUUUUCUAAAAUUACGUGGAUAUAUGUACUGUAAUGUGAAGUAUUUGGUUUUAAUUAAAAGAAACCCUUUUCAAACAUUUUUCUUCUGCAACAUUUUAUUCAUGUAAUUGAAUUCAUUUUUCAAUAAGUGUUUAAUGUCGGGGUUUGUUUAACUUGCCUGCAGAGAAAGAUACUUUCUGUAAAUGGGUGUUUUUGUUCAGAAAAAACGUAUUUCCUUAAAGAGUUUUGGUUCUCAUACCGGGACACCGUUUGAGGCAUGUUCUCACAGAGAAGGUGUCCCCGUUUUGUAGAUACUUCACCUCACAAAAUUCACCUCAAAUGGGUUGUUUUCAUUAGUGUGCAGUAAUGCCACCAUUGCUCCCUUAUACAUAUGUAUAAUAUUACAGAAAUGCUAGUUAGCGCACUGUAGCUUUUACUUUGGCUAAUGUGUUAAGUGCUGCAACUUUAUUCCACAGUACACUGUGCUGUCCGAAGAUUUUUGUAUACCAUAUGUAGAUAUACCGUACAUAUGUACAAAUGGCUGCUUUUUUUGCUUUUAAUAAAUGUUUUGUGAGUAGUACAA